AUGUUAGAUCUUGUUAAACAAGUGAAUGCGAGUGAAAAGAUUGGUUAUGAAGGUACAUAUACAACAACCCAAACUGAAUGGAUCGGCACUGUACCUAUAGGAUAUGCUGACGGAUGGCGUCAAAGUUACAAACCCAUUAGCGUCCUCAUUGAAGGAAAACGAUUUCCGACCGUUGGACGUAUUGUCACGGGCCAACUUAUGAUUGGUCUGGAUCGAAUGUAUCCGGUCGGAAGCCUGGUAACUUUCAUCGGACAAGAUGGUAAUGAUACAAUUACUGUGGAGUAUAUCGCUAGUGAGGGAAAUACACCCAUAGGAGCACUUCUGUGUUCCUUCUCAAGUCGCAUACCACGUAUUUGGAAAUCAAAUUUAUCUGUCGGAAGUGCUGGAAAUGGUGUGCUGCAACCUAUACCACUACUAGGAGCGAUACUUUUACUUGCCAUUCGUGAACAUAAAUGCUGCUGA